AUGCAGUCCAGAGAGCCCUCCCACGCAGGCUCAUGGUACUCUGACAACCGAAGCACUUUGACCCGCCAACUAGACCAGUGGCUCGCUCAUGUUCCCAACGAAAUCGAGGGAAUCGGCUCCUUACCUGUACCUGGCUCCCGAGUUAUCAUUGCCCCUCACGCGGGCUAUGCCUACUCAGGACCAUGUGCAGCUUACGCAUACAAAGCUCUGGACUUGUCCAAGGCGAAACGGAUCUUCAUCCUAGGCCCAUCGCAUCACCACUAUCUCUCGACACUCGCUCUCCCUCAGCUUACGUCCUAUUACACCCCACUUUCAGACGAGCCUCUACCGCUUGACACGGAGCUUAUCGCUAAGCUUCUUUCGGCAAAAGCAGUCAAACCGAACGGGUCAACAGUCAGUUUCACAACUAUGACCCGGUCGGUCGACGAGGACGAACACAGCAUUGAGCUUCAUCUGCCCUAUAUCCACCGCCUGCUACAACUACAACAUCCCGCCAAGCGGACAUCUCAAUAUCCGCCCCUGGUACCAAUCCUGGUCGGAAGCACUUCUGCAUCUACAGAGCAAGCCUUUGGCGCCUUACUUGCUUCUUACAUGGAAGAUCCUUCCAAUGUGUUUGUGAUUAGCUCAGAUUUCUGCCACUGGGGCCUUCGCUUCAGCUACACAUACUACGUCCCCCAAGCUCCCAAGCCUGGGCCGAAGCUUCCUCUUUCCGCCGACGCUCUGCCUCAGCCGAGCAAUGACCUGGAUGAGUUUGAAGAAAAAAUUGAGCGGGUGUCAGCGGGUCACUCCCUCCAGCGGAGAGACCGAAUUAACAGUCGUGAGCCAGCGAUUCACGAGAGCAUUUCUGCUUUCGAUAUCGCAACUAUGGCUGCCAUAGCUACAGGCGAGACCGAGAAUUUUCUUGAUGUCAUACAAAAAACAGGUAAUACGGUAUGCGGCCGCCAUCCCAUUGGGGUGAUCAUGGCCGCGAUUGAAGCAACCAGGACCCAGGAGGACGGGAAGAAGGGCGCGUUUCAUUUUAUUCGGUACGAGCGUAGCUCGGAUGCUGUUAAUGUGGCUGACAGCUCCGUGAGCUAUGUCUCUGCGUUUGCUGUGUUGUAG